AUGGCUACGAUUGUGCCACCACCCAGCAAGCGGCAGAAGAUUGCUGCGACAGAGAAAGCAGAAAGAGAAGCAGAAGAAGCCCGCAUACCAGAAGGAUUAGGCCCAAUACGCAUACAAUUCAUAGACCAGGGAACUGGCAAAUCGGCAGGCCCAGCAGUCGCGAUAGAUGUACAACAAGCCACAGUCAAGAACCUCGAGAACCUCUUGAACACACUACAGGCCAAAGAUGCCUCGGAACGAACCCCAUAUAGAUUUUUCUUCAAUCAGCGUCCACCAGAUUCAGGAAGUGACGAAGCCUCCAUACUUGACGUGGACAGAGACAUCUAUACAUCGAUCCUGAAGCCUGGACUCAAGACUACAGAAGAUGCUAUAGUCCUACAAUAUGCGCCGCAAGCAGUGUUUAGAGUAAGACCAGUAUCUCGCUGCUCAGCAUCUAUAUCUGGUCAUGGCGAGUCUAUCCUGGCUGCUACGUUUUCUCCCGCGACCUCUUCAUUAUUAGCUACUGGUGGUGGUGAUAACACGGCAAGGAUCUGGGAUUGUGAGACAGGGACUCCGAAGAACACUCUAAAAGGCCAUACAAGCUGGGUGCUGGUGGUGUCGUUCUCACCUGAUGGCAAGAUUUUAGCAACCGGCAGUAUGGAUAAUACAGUACGCCUGUGGGAUGUUAAGACUGGGGAAGCACUUGGAGGUCCGUUAAAAGGUCACACGAAGUGGAUAACCAGCAUAGCAUGGGAGCCUUACCAUUUACAGCAGCAUGGUAAGCCAAGGUUAGCAUCCGCCUCGAAAGACGCAACUGUUCGGAUAUGGGAUGUGCCGUUACGAAGAGUUGAGGAAACGUUGUCUGGCCAUAAGGGGAGCAUAACGUGUGUGAGGUGGGGUGGCAUACACAGAAUAUACACAUCUUCUCAGGACAAGACCAUCAAAGUGUGGAAUACAAAGUCAUGGAACUGUUUACACACAUUGACAGCUCAUGCUCACUGGGUUAACCACCUAGCGCUCUCUACGGAUUUUGUGCUUCGUACUGGCUAUCACGAUCAUACAAAAAAAGUCCCGGAGACCGCUAGCACAGAAGCCAAGGUCGUGGCUGCAAGGUCUCGAUUCGAAUCUGCGGCUCGUAUUGACGGUGUAAUAACAGAACGGCUUCUUUCAGCCUCUGACGACAACACCAUCUUCCUUUGGCAGCCGUCAUCUUUCGAUCCAAAUAGUAACAGCACACCUAAACCCCUCGCCAGGUUAUUGGGUCAUCAGAAACAGGUCAACCACGUCUCUUUCUCGCCGGACGGCCACUACAUCGCAUCUGCAUCCUUCGAUAAUAGUGUCAAGCUCUGGAAUGCUAUUGACGGAAAGUUCAUCACUACUUUGAGAGGCCACGUCGGAGCCGUCUAUAUGUGUUGUUGGAGUGCCGAUAGCAGACUGCUUGUUAGUGCUAGCAAAGAUACAACUCUCAAAGUUUGGGACAUGAGAACACAGAAGCUAAAAGAGGACCUGCCUGGGCACAAAGAUGAAGUCUUCGCUGUUGACUGGAGCGCCGAUGGUGCUGCGGUAGGAAGUGGAGGCAAAGACAAAACUGUUAAGAUUUGGAAGAAUUGA